AUGUCAUUCCGCAACGGCGCACCCGUAGACACGCGCGCACCGGGCCACGAGGCAGAGAACUCCAUCACCCAGAAUGGAUUCAAGAUCACGACGCAGAAGCUACCUAUCCUGAAGGCUGCACCAAUAGAGGAAAUGACUAAACAGCUGGGGAUUACACCGCCAGAGAUGAUAUUCGGGGAUAAUUUUGCGCGAGUUGAUCAUGUUGCAAGUGGCUGGCGCAUAGAAUUCAACGCAUUCGAUGCGCUUGAUCGCGUAGACAAGACUGGCGAUUCGAUGCUGAAGGUGUCGUACUCCAAAGAGUGGCAGCAGAAUCGGCAAAAGCAAUUCGAAGACAUCAAGGAAGUCGUCAAGCCUUUCGACUGGUCCUACAGCACGGAUUACAAAGGCUCGACGCCCGAUACCCCCAAACUCGAGCCGACCACGAAGCCCAUACCGCUCGAGCUACUCAAGCGACCCGACCCGAUCCUUUUCUUCGAUGAUGUAGUGCUUUACGAGGACGAGCUUGCCGACAAUGGCAUCGCGAUGCUGUCGUGCAAGAUCAGAGUCAUGCCUGCGAGACUGCUACUACUGUCGCGGUUCUUUAUGAGACUGGACGACGUUGUCUUCCGGAUACGGGAUACCCGGGUUUUCGUAGAAUUCGCUACGGGAGAAGUCAUAAGAGAAUACACUGCGAGGGAGGAGAAGUACGAGGUAGUGAGGAAGACUCUCGCAGGCACCAAGGAGGAUGUGCUAGCGAUCAUGAGGGACCCAAAUCGCCUAGCGGAAUAUAUACCCAUAGUAGAGAAGACAACGGACACUGUCAAACUGAAAUGA